UCUUUAAAAUGCCUCAUAGGGGCCCAUACAAACAAUACGAAGUAGAUUCAAGUAUUGCAGUUCCAAAAUCUACUUUACAUGACAGGCGUAAACGGCGUUUAGUAGAGGUUAAUAUUGAUCAUCAUGUCGAAACUCAUCCUUAUCCUUUGGCUUUGAAUAAUGAACAAGUAUAUUUCGAUGAUUACGAUUUGCAGGAUAACCAUGCUCCUGACCCUGAAUUAAAUGAGACAGAGGCCCAUGAACCCCAGGGGGAGGACCUUGAUAAUAUAUUUGAUGAGGCAGAAACUGGAACAAAUAUGCAGCAAGAAGGCUUACUGAAUGAAAACCCUCUUUAUCAAGGAUCUAAUGUUACUACAGCACAAUGUCUCCUUCUCGUAAUGUCGUAUGUAAUCAGACAUCAUCUUACACAUGAGGCACUACAAGAUCUGUUGGUUCUGUUGAAUGUUCUUUUACCAGAUUCUAUACCAGCAACGAAAUAUAAGUUCUUCAAAGCAUUUAAUUGUGGUUUAUUUCAGAUUCACUUCUAUUGUCCAAUGUGUUUGUUUUACCUUGGUGAAAGCAGAGUGGAAAGAAAUUGUGAAUCUUGUGGGGAACUAUUUAAUGUGAUGAGUGUACCAAGAACGGCAACUAUUUCUUAUAUCUACCCAUGA